GGGUUUGGUUAAAAAGAAGUUUCAAAACCAGAAAAAAGAAAAAAAGGGCGAAUUGAAAACUGUUGGUAUAGAUAGGAUUUGAUUUCUUGUUGAGUUGUUAACAGCUCCUCUCAACUAGAUGGAAGAGGAAGAAAGUAAAAGAAAAGUGAGUAGCUGUAAACUACGUAAAAGAACAGAGAGAAAAUGAGAGAAUUUUCCCGGAAAAUUCUCUCAGCCCUGAUUACCCCUAAACAGAUUCAAAGACAACCAGAGAAACCACCUAAAAUUUCUCACUAUCAAUCCCCUUAGUUUUUCCAAACCCAAAAAAAAAAAAAAAAAAAAAAAAGAACACCAAACCUUGUUCGCUACCAUCCUUCCAUUCCUCCCUCCUUUCUUUUCUCACAUGUCUUUCUCUGCCUAAAUCACCCACCUUCUUCUUCAAAAAAUAUCUCCCAAGAAAAUUUCGUACUUUUCCUUUUCUGGUCUUCUUCUCCCAAGGGCUCUCUUUUCCCCCUCCCUUGUGUGUCUCUCCCUUCUGUCAAAUGGGCAAUUGUUGCUCACAGGGCAACUCUGCGGAUGCCCCCAACAGUGAAAAGGGAGAAACCACACCUGAAAAUGGCACCGACAAUCCCCAUUCAGCCCCUGACAGCUCCACCACUCCUCCCAAACAACCUUCCACUUCCCCCGGCGCCUCCUCAAAACCAUCCAAGGCUGCUCCAAUCGGCAAUGUCCUUGGCCGUCCCAUGGAGGAUGUCAAGUCCCUCUACACCAUUGGAAAAGAACUUGGUAGAGGCCAGUUUGGCAUAACUCAUCUCUGCACCCUUAAAUCCACCGGCGAACAGUUCGCCUGUAAGACCAUUGCCAAACGGAAACUGGUGAACAAGGAGGAUAUUGAAGAUGUGAGAAGGGAGGUUCAGAUCAUGCACCAUUUGACUGGUCAACCCAAUAUUGUGGAGCUCAAGGGAGCUUACGAGGACAAGCAUUCUGUCCAUUUGGUUAUGGAGUUAUGUGCCGGAGGAGAGCUUUUUGACAGGAUCAUCGCCAAGGGACAUUACACAGAGCGAGCUGCUGCUUCCUUGUUGAGAACCAUUGUGCAGAUUGUUCAUACCUGUCAUUCCAUGGGUGUUAUUCAUAGAGAUCUCAAGCCUGAAAAUUUCCUUCUCCUUAACAAAGAUGAGAAUUCUCCUCUCAAGGCUACAGACUUUGGCCUCUCUGUGUUUUACAAGCCAGGAGAAGUGUUCAAAGACAUUGUCGGCAGCGCGUAUUACAUCGCGCCAGAAGUCUUGAAGAGGAGAUAUGGACCGGAGGCUGAUAUUUGGAGUAUUGGAGUCAUGUUGUAUAUUCUCUUAUCUGGUGUUCCACCGUUUUGGGCGGAAUCGGAACAUGGAAUAUUCAACGCGAUCCUACGUGGUCACAUCGACUUUACAAGCGAUCCAUGGCCUUCAAUCUCACCUCAAGCCAAGGAUCUUGUCAGAAAGAUGCUAAAUUCAGACCCCAAACAGAGGUUGACAGCCGUCCAAGUUCUUGGGCAUCCGUGGAUCAAGGAGGAUGGAGAAGCACCUGACACUCCUCUUGACAAUGCAGUAUUGACACGGCUCAAGCAGUUCAAGGCCAUGAACAAUUUCAAGAAAGUUGCACUCCGUGUUAUUGCAGGGUGCCUAUCCGAAGAAGAAAUCAUGGGAUUAAAGGAGAUGUUCAAAGGCAUGGAUACUGACAAUAGUGGAACCAUAACCCUUGAGGAGCUGAAGCAAGGACUUGCCAAACAAGGAACAAGACUAUCUGAAUAUGAAGUCAAACAAUUAAUGGAAGCUGCUGAUGCAGAUGGCAAUGGGACAAUAGAUUAUGACGAAUUCAUCACAGCCACAAUGCAUAUGAACAGAAUGGAUAGAGAAGAGCAUCUAUACACUGCCUUCCAACACUUCGACAAAGACAAUAGCGGAUAUAUCACGACUGAAGAGUUAGAGCAAGCUCUUCGUGAAUUCGGAAUGCAAGAUGGGAACAUCAAGGAAAUCAUCUCUGAAGUUGAUUCUGAUAAUGACGGUAGGAUCAACUACGAUGAGUUCGUGGCAAUGAUGAAAAAAGGGAAUCCAGAAGCUAAUCCGAAGAAGCGGCGUGAUGUAUUUGUUUAACGAUGAAGAAUUGUUUUCAAUGAUCAAAGGACGGGAAAAUAUAUUGAAAGGGAAAAAAAAAAAAGAAAACAGAAAGAAAGAAAGGAAGAAAAUCAUCAUCUAAUAUGACCCUGGUAUGGUCUGAUAAAUGCAUUAGCUCCAAUGUUUGUGCAGAUGUCAGGAGCAUCUUAUGAUCACAUGUACAUUACACACACACAUGCACAUAUAUAUAUAUAUACAUAAGAGAGAAGUGCAGAUUGGGGAUGAGAGUAUAUUUGGGAUGCAUCACGAAGAGAUCUUUGCUCAAGAAUUAUGAUCAGAAAAAUUACUAACGUGAGAAUUGAGGGUUGUGAAAA